AGAUCCUGCAUUUCUUCCUGCUAUCCAGGAGCCAGCCGCCCGCAGACGAGAGGGCGCAAGCACCCGGCCCGCUGAAGGUACCGCCGUAUCCAUAUAGCUGCCCAAGUCCGUCGUAUCCGCUACCGAGCCCCACCCGCACAACGUUGUGUAUCAUCCGCCGCCAUGGACUUCAUUGAAGAAAUGCUGGAGGCACCUUACAAAAGCGAGGAAAAGAAUGUCAGGAGCUCGCCUGGCUCGGUCGCCCACAGCCAGGACGCCGACAACAUCACCGUGCCAACUCUGUCGGAGGACGCCCUCAGCGAGAGCAAGAAGACGGGCCAUCGUGACGACGACGUUGAGCGGAGCCACUCCCCCUCCGACCGCGACCAGAGGAAGCGGCGCCGGAGCCGAUCGACAUCCCGCGAACAUGGUCGGCGCGAGCGCUCGAAAUCCCGGGACAACUAUCGCUCGAGCCGCCGUGAUCGCGACGAUCGAGACCGAGACCGCGAUCGAGAUCGCGACCGAGACAGAGAACGGGACAGGGAAAGAGACAGAGACCGCGAGCGCGACCGAGACAGAGACAGAGACCGCGACCGAUACCGUCGAGAGAGAGAGCGCGAUCGCGGACGGGACCGACGGGACCGCUACGACCGGCGAGACCGAAGCCACUCCUCGGAUCGAAAACGGGGCCACGAUGCAUCCUCGGAACUGUCCGAGCUCGAGCGCGAUCGAAGAACCGUGUUCGUCAUGCAGCUGGCCGCCCGGAUCCGCUCGAGCGAUCUUGCAAAGUUCUUUGAGCCUGCUGGGCGAGUGCGUGAUGUGCACCUCAUCGCGGACCGGCAGUCGCGGCGAUCCAAAGGUGUUGGCUAUGUCGAAUUUUACGACGUCAGCUCAGUGCCGGCAGCCAUCGCGAUGACGGGACAGAAGCUCCUGGGCAUCCCCAUCAUUGUCCAAAACACCGAGUCUGAGAAGAACCGCGCAGCAGCCGAAGCCGAUGCAGCCACGGCAAAAGCCAAGCCGGCCGAGCCGGCGUCAUUCCGACUCUAUGUUGGAUCGCUCGAUUUCAAGCUGUCGGAAGAAGACGUCAAACAGGUGUUUGAAGCCUUUGGAGAGCUAGAGCUCGUGCAACUCCACAGAGAUGCUGAAACCGGAAAGUCCAGGGGAUUUGCCUUUAUCCAAUACAAAGACCCAGAGGACGCCAGGAAGGCGCUGACCCAGAUGAACGGAUAUGUGCUGGAGGGCCGGCCGAUCAAGGUUGGGCUGGUCACCGAGCGCCAGCACUCGCAUCCCGCCUCGAGCUCGUCAUCGUCCAACAUUGACCUGGACGAUACAGAGCGGCCCGGUGUUCAGCUCUCGUCGCAGUCCCGCGCUGAGCUUAUGGCCAAACUCGCAGCGCGGGAGGGCAGCAUGCUCGGAUUCAUCAACCCCAAACCAGUGAUCAACAUUCCACAGUACAUGCCGCCUCUUGUGACGCGAUGUGUUAUCCUCAAGAACAUGUUUGAUCCUGCCGAGGAAACCGAGCCGGACUGGGACAAAGAAGUACAGGAAGAUGUGCGGCAGGAGUGCGAGCAAAAGUACGGGCCUCUGAUGCACAUCUUUGUUGACAAGGAGAGCCAGGGCAUCAUCUUCCUCAAAUUUGCCUCGACCGAGAGCAGCCAGAAGGCCGUGGCAGCACUCAAUGGACGCUACUUUGCUGGCAAACAGAUCUCGGCUGUGUGCUUCGCCGAGGAUGCAUACAGCAAGCGUUUCCCAGAGACUGCCUCGUCGUAGGCCGGCGCGAGGUAGCAGGACGACACUGCGUACAAGACACACGGCCGCACAGAUGACCCACUGGCCGAGGCAGCCGCGGAACGAGGCCGUUGCCUGCCCUGGCUGCAUGCAGCCCAACAGCAAUACAUGCAUCGACACUA